AUGACUAAUUGUAGUCUCAAGUGUAGUAUGUUACCCUGCGUACACAUACGGAACACGAAAAAUGAAAUGAAUUUGGAAGGCCCCAAGGAAGAAGGCACAAUACAAUGCUACAAAGAUGAAAUGAGCAUGAAUAUGAAUGCAGAAGAAACGGCGCAUGUUAAAACUGCAAUCGAUAAUAAUAACGUGUACGAUAAAUCGUCCGACGAUUUAAAUACAAACGUUGAAAAUUGCCGUAGCGGUGACGAGAACAUGAGUAGCAUGGACCCUGCGGCGUGCGCGCAGCUCGAGGCCACCGCGAGUGGCCGGGCCGUCGCCAACUUUAGUGAAAAUGCCAAUAGGACCGCGUACGCAGACACGUACGCAGACACGUACGCAGACACGUACGCCGAUACGUACGUCGACGCGAACGCCGACCUGAUCAGCGGCGUGAAGGGCGGAACUCCCACGCGCGCGAAAGUUAACGUGAAUAUGUGCACCCAAAUAAGCGAUUUCAACCCCGAGGAGAUGAAGGCGUCGUUCGAGCAGGAGCGAAAGGACAUCCUGCUGAACACCUACAACUACUACUUCUGCAAUAGCUACGGGGACAUAAACCAGAGCGACCACAAGAGCCAAGACGACAUGAGCGUGUACUACUACAAGCGGGUGUCCCUCAAUUUUAUGAACUACGACUACGACGCGGAGUAUAAGCACUACGAUGAUGACAACAAUAGCAGCAGCAACGGGAAUGACAGCAGCAAUGGGAACGACAGCAGCAACGGGAACGAUAGCAGCGUCGGGAGCGCUAGCGGCAGCGCCAACAGUAAGGGCAACGGCAGCGCUAGCGGCGAUGGUAGCGGCAAUGGUAGCGGCAAUGGCAGCGGCAGCGCCAACGGUAAGGGUAACGGCAAUGGUAGCGGCAGCGGCAACGGCAAGGGCAACGCUGGCCGUUCGGGCGAAAAGCCGUGCCAAGGAAAGCUCAAGAAGUGCAACACGAACAACCUGUUUUUCAGAACCAACUCGUACGACAACGUGUUUUUGAAGAAGAUAAAGAUCACGAGCGUCGACAACAAGUGCACCAGAAAAAGCAUAAAAAAGUACAAAAUUCCCUUUGAGCCCAAUUUUUAUAGCAGUCGCUUCUUCUUCUCCGACAAGAACAUAAACGAAGAUCUGCAUCCCCUGAGUGACAAUUGCACACGGUAUUGCAGUUCCCUGUCCGUCAAUUAUAACAAAGUCAACAGUCAUGGUAGUAGUGGCAGCGGCGGAGGCAGUGGCUUUAGAAAUCCAGGGAGGCGCAACAAUGGCUACAAUGGCAGCAGUGGCAACAGUGGCAGCAGGAGUAACAGCGCGAACGCAGCGUGCAGAGGCUUCCCCCGGUACUCCUACAUUCUGCGGUUCGAGGGACCCCCCCCACAUUUCCUCAUUUUGAAGUACAACAAAGUUACGAAGAAAGCCAACAUAGUAAAGAAGGUGCCAGUGAAUAAGAACAUCUCGUUCAACCUUGCCAAGUUCAUUGCGGAAAAGUACAUCCAGAUUUUGAGAAAGAACUUGAGGAAGAAGGAGAAGAAGCUGGAGAAGAAACUGGAGAAGAUGAGGAGCGCGGCGGGCAUGGAGGUGCACUCGCGCGCCGGGGGGGGAGCGGAUGAUUGUAAGGAGAACCGCGGCGAAGCGGACGAGGAUGUAAUUUGUGAUGGGGCGCAGGCCGACAGCCACAAGGGAAGCAACGGCGGAGGCCGCAGCGUUUGCCCGAACGGCAGCCAGCACGAGAGUAACGACGCCUGUGACUCCAAGAAGAACAUGGACUACAACAACAGCACCAACUGCGAGAGCUACCGGGGCAACUUCUUCAACUUCGGCACGAAGAAUUAUGAUGACGAUGAUGUGAACAAUAACAACAGCAGCGCGUGUAGCAGUCGCCUCCGUGAGGAUGACAACGGGGAGGACCGCGACGGCGCAGAUCACAACGGGAAGGAGCGCAGUAACGAGUGCAGUGACGACCGCAGUAACGAGCGCAGCAACGAGCGGAGUGACGAGAACGAAAACAGCGACAACAGCCUCUUCAACCGCAGCGGCGAGAGGAGCCAGAACAGCUCGGACUGCUCCGCAAGCAAAAGCAACGAGCGGCUAAGUGACGAACGACGAAUGGCUGGAAACCCUCGCGCAGGAGAACAGCCCUUCUACAGUGAACUGCUAAUUAGUGAAAAUUACGAGGAUGACGACGGCAACGAUCUACAGAACAUAGACAUGAAUUCGCUGAGUUACGAAAACUACAGUUCUGAAAAUCUGUACGAUGAGAAGCUCUGCACUUAUGAGUACCUCAACAUCGAUUUGGACAACGUCGUUUUUAACACAGACACGGAGAAGUACAUCAAGUUUUUGAGCAACAUAAAAAUAUACUACCUGCAUAAGAUGGAUGACAUGAGGAAGGUCCUCCCCAAUUGUGACGACUCGACGGGGAACAAGCUGGUCAUUUUGGUAAAAAUAAAGUAUGAGAUGUGCGUAAAGUCCAAGAUCUUCAUUUUUGAGAACGUGCAGGAUGUGAUGAGUGAGUACGAGUAUGUCGAUGUGGACGUGGAUGCGGAUGUGGAUGUGGAUGGCGAUUCGCUUGACGGGAUGGACCACGGCGACGGCGAGAACACCAUGCGGUGCAUGCUUAGUGGGGGCGCCACCAGCGGCGGCAGCAGUAGUAAUGGCGGCGGUGUUGGGAGGAGUGCCCUCUACGGGGCAAACCAGGUGAAGAGCGAAUCGGUGAGCGGCGAACUGGAGAACAGCGGUUCUUUGGCGAAUAGCGAUUCCGUGGCGAAGGUGCCAACGGAGAGUGCGUGCAGUGCGGGGAAGGACGAGAAUGGCGCGCCCGUGUGCGAGGGGGGCAGCGCGAGUGGCGAAGCGAACCCGAAGAACGAAGCGCAGCAGGAUCGGGAAGGCGGCAGCGGGAAGGACGCCGAGCCUGGGAUGUGCAAGUUGGAGCACAGCGACUAUUUGUUGAGCUCCGAUUAUGCGGCCCAGGAGGGGGUAGUGAAGCAGGAGGUGUUGGAGGGGGAGGCGAAUUGCGCCAUUGGUAGCGGUGGUAGCGGCGGUGGCAGCGUUGGCGGCGGCGAAACGGCGAAGCGCAACCUGGCGGAGGAGAUGGAGAAGAAGUGCAGCGCGCUAGGAAUCAUCCACGCUGAGAGGGCAUCUCCAGAAAGUAGCGAGCGAAAGGCAGCCCCGGAAAGUGGCGAGCGAAAGGCAAAACAAAUGACCCUCAACUGUAGGAGAAAAAUCAUCCAAUUUAUACGAAACAACGUGUACAUAAACUCAUACAUAUACGACUGCUUUGAAAACAUCUACAUGAACAGCCAGUUCUUCAAAAACGACGUAAUUAUAGUAAACGACUUGAGUGAAGAAGACCAAAUGGUGGAUGACAUCCCGGACUACAUCUACGAAUUGAACAAGUUCGUUUUUAUUAAGUUUACCAAGUUUGAUCGUUACGUUAGGAAGAACCACAAAAUUGCGGAGGGGUACAUACAGUACUUGCUGCAGAGCAAUAUAAAAUGCAUUAAUAGGUACAUGAUAGGCAUAAGGUGGGUGCCGGACAUUUUUGCGUACGAAUAUUAUGUGUGUAAAAUUAUGGAGGGGAAGCCUAAAGGUAAAGGCCGGGAAUGGAAGAAUCAGCAGAAGUAUAAUUACUCCCUGGCCUUACAGAAGGAUUCGAAUGAAAAAACGCUGAAGUAUCUGGUGGACUACGAGAAUAAGGUUAUUGACAAUGUGUUGUGUGUUUUGCACGAGUAUUACCAGGCAAGUUUAUUUACCGAGAAGUGCAUCUUCAAUUUGUUCAAGUUGGUUCUGCUGAGGGUGAGUCUGUACAUUGGCGUUUUGAACACGAAGGUUAUUACGCUGGAUCUGGACAAGGCCAUGUACCGAAUGAAGAAGUUUUCGGAGCCCAUAAGUUUGUGUGACAGCUGCGCGGUUCCCGAGAGUGAGGGCACGCCCAAGGGGGCGCAGGGGUUGUUCCCCCCGGGGGAGUGUGUCGGUGCAGUAGAUUGCAACGACGCGGUGGAGCGUAGCGGCGUGGUGGAUGUCAGCCGCACGAUGGAGGGCGGCCCUGGCGAGCAGCAGAGCGAGAACGCGUGGAACGGCAGCCCCCUGCGCGCGGGCGCCGCGGGGGGGGGGUACAGCCGCGUGUACAGCGGGCUGGGCGGCAUCGGCAGCGGCUUCGUCGGCGGAAGGAACGCGAACGGGCAGGUCACCCUCGAGGGCAGCAACGAGCAUGCCCAGGAGGAGGCCAAGGCCAAGCACUCGUCGGACAGCGACCCCAGCAACCACCUGCAGGUGUACGACCCCUACAACGAUUUGUUCAUCAAGAAGGAGAAGUACGAAAAUGAGGGCUACCUGCAGAGCAAGUUAAGGAAUAAAAAGAAGGUGAGUUACAACUUGGAUAACACCUCCCUAGCGUUGAGGACUCGGCAGAAGAGAAAGAACUUUGCCUUGGCGAAGGGCGGAGUUGGAAUGGCAGUGGGUGGUUCCGGUGCUGGCGGUGCCGCUCCUGGCAGCAACGAAGUCGGGGGAAGCGUGGCCGGGGGGGAACCCUUCAGCAUAAAGUACUACAGCUCGUCGGCGGACAACAACAAGGUGGGGAGUGCGAAUAACCACAAGGAGUACUACUCGAAUGCCAGCGAUUUUAGCGGAGCAUCCCAUUUGACGUCGAAGCAUAAGUACCACCUUCGCAGCAGCAACGCGCAGUCGACGGAUAACUGCUCCUCCGAGGAGUACGUGUCCAGGAGAAAGCUGAGGAACAGGAACAAGGGGAGGACUAGGAUGCUCUACAAGCUGAUGAACAAGAACGGGUUGAUAGAGCCCUACUGGUGGUUUUUCUACAAUCUGUAUGAGAACGCGACAAUACAGGAUAGCGGCAGCAAUUGCAGCAGCGCGAAGGGGAAGAAGGCCGGGGUGAUGCGCCCGUUGAAGUUGAGGGGCACGCGGAGCGGCAACGUGGUUAGCGGCGUGGUUGGCAGCGUGAAUGGCGGCGUGGCUGACAGCGUGAGUGGAGGCGACGCCGCUUCCCCCCUGAGGAAGGGCGAGCACAAGGUGGGCAGCCUGUUCAGCAACUACGAAGGCGGCAAAAAGUCCCGCAAGUCGCGCGAAAACAGUGAAAACGAGAGCUACAUCUACAGUAAGUUGCUAGAAAAAACGUACAAUAGCAACUUGAUGAACCACUUCUGCCAGAAGAAAAAUAAAAUCAAGAUCAAGUACAUAUCGAUGGUGCACGACAUUAUUUACAAAAAGUUUAUUCUCCUCAGUAACACCAUUUUCCCGAGGAAUCUACACGAGUCGGAAAUAUUAUAUACGUUGUUCCCCCACGAGCCCCACACCUUCAUGUUCCUGCACAGGGACGACAACUUCCAGUAUCAGAAUGAGACGUUUUUGAAGUACGUAACAUUUAGUGACUACUUGAUGAAUAUGAACCACUUGGGGGAUGCCAGGAAGGGCGGCGCGUCGGCAGAUGGCCACGCGCUCGGCGGUGUUGGUAUCAGCGGUGUAGGCAUUAGCGGUGUCGGCAUCAGCGGUGGCGUGGCUGCCUCGGGCGACCUGUACGAAGGCGGCUUGCUCUCUCAAGAUGCGUGCAGUGCGCUGCAAAAUGGGAACAUAAAUAUGAACGUCCAUGUAGGGAACAGCCGAGGAAUAGAUAAAGAUUUUUACGUGGACCAUUUGAUUCUAGGCGGAGCGGAGGGGCUGGUCGAUUCGUCCGCGAAUGCGUUGUUGACAAAUGGGAACUUGAAAUAUUCGAGCAUUCCGAAUUAUGAGAGAGUGAAAAGUAGCCGACGGGAUGCGUACUUGGGGUUGAAUGAAAUUGGAGGAGGACGGUCUGGGGCCCUCGGGUACAACGCCCUGUUGAACAUCGGCGGGGAUGCGGAGGGUGGUCUGAACAAUUUGGAGGGCCUGGAUUUUGGCGGCUACGACGCGAAUUACGCGUUGGGCGGGAGUGGCGAUCCGUACCGGCAGGGGAAUGAGGCUGUAGGUGUCGGCGGCGGCGCGAACGCGUACCUGGACAGGUCCCCCAGCACCGGGCACAAGGUGUUCGGCUUUGAAAGGAGCAGGAGGGAAAUCAAGCCCAACGAGUACUACGACUACUUCAUGAGCGACAAAAACUUGCUGACGGGAAAGGACAAGUUUCACAACAUUGGUGAGAAGAGGAGCGUCUCCAACACGACCUUCGGAAGGGGAAGCAAAUACUACGACCAUUACGGAGACCAGGAGGAUAAGAAGAACACGAGCGAUAAUGACAUCUCGCUCAUUAAGAAGAGGAAGCACGGCAGUAAGAGAACCAAGAGUAAUAACCUCUCCAGUGUGAAAAAUUUUAGCAAUCUGUGUAGCAGCAAUAAGAGCGACAUGAACAACAAUGCGUUGAGCCCCAGUGGAUUGGGCAACAGUGCUCUGGGUAGCAACGCCCACGAGGAUUCUAUGAUUCCUAUGGGUCCGCUCCCAACAGGGGUAUACUUUGACUCUGCGAGGAAGCUUUGGAGAUGCCAGUGGAAGGAAAAUGGAAAGUUUAAGACCAAGGGGUUCAGCUUGAUUCAUUACAACACCCUGGAGGAGGCGAGGAAGCAGUGCAUUCUCUACCGAUGUGACGUGGGAAACAUACCAGUCAAAACUGAGUGGCUUAAUCCUGUGUACGUCAGCUCCUCCUACUUUUACAAUAAGAAGUAUGCCAGCAGCGCGAAUAACGCCAAUAACAGCGCGACGAGUUACGCCACCCCCCAUAAGGAGUUAAAGACGAGUUCGUUGAACCUGAACCGGUUGAAGGAGAAGACGAGCGGCGUGGAGAGGAACGGCAAGGGGUUCAUGGACGGGUCGAGUAAGGACUCGAGCGACAACUACUAUGGAGCGGUGGGCGGUGGGGGAGGCGGAAUUGGCGGCAGCGUCGGCGGCGGUGCAGUGGGGAGCGCGAGCGUUAACAGGUACUCCACGAGGAACAACACGGCCUCCAGCACCCUGAAUUUUCUUAAUAACGACAAGGGCAACGAGAUUGACAUUUCCAUUUUGCAGGAGUUCGUGACGAAGAAUAAGGAAAACCAGAGCGUCAAUGAGAAGGGCGAGGGGGCCAAUAACAACCAUGGCCUGGAGGACGCGGUGGGGCCUGAUAACGGCUUCUUCUUUGAGAGUGGCAAGGCGGACGGCAGCGCGGUGAAGGACACCGAGGAGGGGCAGCCCCAGCUGCACUCACAAACGCAGCUACAGUCCACGCUGGAUGGCGGCGAAGACAGCGGAGAGACCCUCGCCGCGAGGAGGAGCAAACGCAUGAGGAGUAGCCCCAACCAUGACGCGAAUUAUAAGAUAGAAAUUAAUGGCGAGUUGAAGGACUACUACCGAGGGGGAGGAAGUGCCGCCGGGGACGUCAUCCCCACGUUGGAGAACGCGGACAAUUUGAAGACCCUCCGAAGUGUGCUCAGUAAGGAAAUUAUGAAGAAGAUCCAAAGCGCGAGCGCGGAAGUGAACGGUAGCGGCUACGACCUGGUGGAAAGUGCAGGGGCAGGGGCAGGUGGCAGCCCAGCAAACAACGGCACUAAUAGCAGCUGCGGCGCCGUGCCGUGCGAGUUACAGACGCUGCUGAAGAUGCUGCAUAGGAAGGACGGCAAGGAGGACGACCCCUUUAAGGCCACUUUGAACGGAGUGAAGACGGAGAAUGGGCCCGUCCCAGGCGAGGCAGGCAUGGACGUGGGGCUCGGGGGCAAGGGCAACGCCGGCGAAGGCGCAGACGUGUACAGUAUGUUACAGGGCGUUAAGAAUGAGCUGCUGCUGCAGAGCGACAAUGAAAAUAAUUUGCCCUACUUCAAUGCCCUUCGGAAGAAGGGGAAGAAGCAGUUCGAUAAGAAUGAGUUGUUGCUCCAUUCGCUCAUGAGGAAGGACGUAAACGGAGAGAAGCGAAAGAACGUGCCGCUAAUCGACGUGGUGAAUUCGCUGGACAUUAUGGGAAGAAAGGGGAGCGAAGGGACCUUUCUGGACGACCCCGAGGAUGGCAGCAGUUUGUUACUGAACGGGGGCAGCAUUUGCGAGAGCAUCUCCGCGUUUGUCAAGUACUCCAGCGAGAAUGGCGAGUUCGCAGAGAGGGGGAGGAUCGGAGCGACCGCGGCAAAUGGAGGGAUUGCGGCGAAUGGAGCGGUCGCGGCCAAUGGAGUGGUCGCGCCAAAUGGAGUACUGGGCGCGUUGACCAUGUAUAAGAAGAACCAUGAUGGUGGAGGCGAUGGCACCUCCACCGGUGGCGGCAUGCCCAAGACGAACAAGGGGAUGAACGGCGUUGGCGAGAAGGGAGGAGAGUCCGCGCUGAGCAACAAUUUCCCAGACAUUUUUUUUCAGGACAUUCAGAAUUUUCUAAACUUCGCCAAGGAGAGAGAUGAUGUGGCAAAAGGGGUGGGCAGUGCCGCUGGUGUGGUCGCGGACCAGGUGGUGGGCGUGGGCACCUUGGGCUCGGGCAACGGGCUCGAGGGGGAGGACCCGGCCGGGGGGCUGGCCUACUUUAAGGGGAGGAAUCGGAACGCCAGCAGCGCCAACAGCGAGUACGAGAAUUACCUGCGGUCCAUCAUGGUUCAGUACGAGAAGGAGGAGAAGCAGAAGCGGCAGCGGCAGCGGCAGCGGCAGCGGCAGCAGCAGCGGCAGCAGCAGCGGCAGCAGCAGCAGCAGCAGCAGCAACUGCAACUGCAACUGCAACUGCAACUGCAACAGCAGUACGCGGAGCGCACGCCCAGGAAGAGUGAACAGGGCGACGGCACGUGCCCGCUGGAUGACGAAGACUUGAGCCCCGCGGGCGGGAGCACGCUGAAUAACCUGAUCGGCGCGAGCCUUCUGGGCACCAACGACCCAGCGGAGGGCAGCAGCGACGAUAAGAAGGGAGGAGCAGACCACCUCGAACCGAACGAAGACGGCAUUAACGGAAACGGAAACGGAAGCGGAAGCGGAAACGGAAGCGGAAACGGAAGCGGAAACGGCAACGGCGUGGUGACGAGCGACAAGGUGGGGGAGAAGGAGGACCUGAGCAAGGGCCUCUCGGCCGGGUUCUUUCAAAAGUAUCUCAGUCUGUUUAGCAGGAAGCAGCAGAGCGCCCCAGAAGGCAACCACCAUGAGGAGGAGGAUAAUAAUAACAAAGCGGCGACCACUGCGGCCGCGGCAGCGGGGGAGGAAGAAACCCCGGACAACUCCAAGUACGUGGAGUACCAGAGCCCCGAAAAGGAAACGAACGAUUACAACACGAGGAAGAAGAAGAAGAAAAAAGGAGACAUGGCCUACUCCUUUAUGAACAACACAGAUUACUACUACUACGAUGAUGACAAUUUUAAUGAGCACUUUAAUGAGCAUUUUAAUGAGCACUAUGACGAUGACAAUUAUAAUGACCCUCAUCAGUUCAAUGAGAAUUAUGGGAACUUUAACGACCCCUUUAAUGAAAACUACGAGAGCUUUAAUGCAAAUGAGUAUGCGGGUAGUAGUCCUCCCCACUUGGUGGAUGGGAAAAUAGAUCCCAAGUAUUUGGGUGCCUUUCAUUAUGGCCCCGUAGGGGGCAACGGCGCAGGUGUAGUAGGUGUGGGUGGCUACUCGAAGAAGAAGGCCAAAACGAAGGGAAGCAGCAACAACGGCACGAGUGUUGUUGGCGGUGUUGUUGUUGGGGGAGGAGGUGGUGGCGCCUUGGGAAUUCUGUCCGACAAUGAAUCGAAGAUGCUGAAGGGGAAGGGUGGCGGUAAUGGAGGUAAGAAGAAGAACAACUCCGGUGGAGGUGGAUCCUCUGGAGGAGACAUAGACAUUAACUUGAUAAAACAGUCUCUCCCGAAGGGCAUUUAUUAUGACCACGCAAAGAAGUUGUACCGAGUGCAAUACAUUAUUAAUAACUCCAUUAAGACGAAGGGGUUCAGUGUAAAGAAACUGGGGCUGGCGCAGGCCAAGAUCGAGGCGGAGUCCUUUCGGAACUUUUGCCUGGAGAACGGGCUGCUGAAUUCCCGCAAGAGGAGGAUCAACUCGCCCUACAACAAGAAGGAGGAGAAGAACUUCAAGAUGAUCAAGGACAACGAGGAGAUCCUCUCCAACCUGCUCUACCUCUACAACACGAACAGUGGCAAGCCGUCGAUGUAG